UCCUACUGCGUACAAAACAAGUCCGCCUCCGCGCUUCACUUGCCGCACUGCAGCACUUUGUCUUUCCCUUUUCUUUCUUUCUUUCUUUUUUUAAUCUCUUUCUCAAAGACAGAAGAGAAAGAAAGAAGAUUCGUAAUUUUCAGAUGGAAGAAGGAAAAGGUUCGACUCUGGUUCACCUUCUGGUGGUGGUUCUGAGUCUGGUAGCAUUUGGGUUUGCCAUUGCUGCUGAAAGACGUAGAAGCAUUGGUCACAUUGAAAAAGAUGCAACAAACGCUACAUACUGUGUCUACAACUCUGAUGUUGCCACAGGUUAUGGAGUGGGUGCUUUCUUAUUUCUUCUUUCAAGUGAAUCACUAUUGAUGGGUAUCACAAAAUGCAUGUGUUUUGGGAGAUCAUUAGCCCCUGGUGGAGACCGAGCCUGGGCCAUCAUUUAUUUUGUCUCUUCUUGGGCAACUUUUCUUGUUGCAGAAGGAUGUUUAAUUGCAGGUGCAAAGAAAAAUGCUUAUCAUACCAAGUAUCGAGGGAUGAUCUAUGCUCAAAACUUCACCUGUGAAACAUUGCGGAAAGGUGUUUUUAUUGCUGGAGCAGUGUUUGUGGUGGCAACAAUGAUUCUCAAUGUAUACUACUACAUGUAUUUCUCUAAGGCUACUGCCAGUAAGGCCGCUCACAAAACAAAUCGUACAAGUUCUGUCGGGAUGACUGGCAAUCCUUAGAAUCAACAACAUGACUAGAUAGCUAAGUUUCGAUUCCUGUUGGUUUGAAUCUGUUGGCGGUUCUGUUGUGCAAGUGUACUGACAUACAUCCUGGUUAUCACGCAAUAUAUAGUGCGGCCAUGAAUGUUUCGAUU